UUGUAUUUGGUGGGAAGGUUAUUGAGAGCAGCCCGUUAGUGCAGUCGUUAUGGCGUCUGGGUUUCUUGUGAGUCGUGGUUUGUCUCCUCUCGGAGUGCACUUUCAGCACGUCUGCAGGAACGUUCUUUUGACACAGACCAGGGAGAAGAAACGGUGGAUGAAAUCGUAUAUGUUGUUAAUGGAAAGGAAAAAGAAGCUGGAAGGACCACCGCCACCAAAACCUCGCUCUCAUCAGCCGAACUGGGACUAUCAUGCUGAAGUCCAGGCCUUUGGUUGCAGACUUCAUGAAACAUUUUCCCUGGAUCUCCUCAAGACAGCGUUUGUAAACCCUUGUUACAUCAAGUCCGAAGAAGUCAGUCGCAGAGAGCUUGCUGUGGACAGAGAAGCUGUUGCUCUGAAUCUGAAAGACAAUCAGAAGCUCUCCGAACAGGGGGCAGAGUUUUCACAAAGCUACCUUGCUGAUUGCUUUAGGGGUGCCUACCCAAAUCUGCCCCCCGAGGGUGUGAAUGCGAUUGUUCAAUACCUCACAGGGACAGAGAUUGUCUGCCAUGUGGCUAAAAACCUGGCGGUGGAGGACUUGACACUGAGUGCAGAGUUUCCUGUACCGAACGAGGUUCUGCAGAAGACCUUUUUUGCAGUAGUAGGAGCAUUGCUUGAAAGCAGUGAACCACAGAAAGCUGGCUUGUUUAUCAGGGACUUCUUGAUGACUCAAUUGAUUGGUAAAGAUCUGUUUGAACUAUGGACUGUCAUUAAUCCUAUGGGACUGCUGGUGGAGGAACUAGCUAAAAGAAACCUCUCUCCUCCAGAACCAAGGAUAACAAGGCAGGCUGGAGUCAGUACAGUGCUACCACUCUACUUUGUUGGAUUGUACAGUGAUAAGAAGCUGAUGGCAGAAGGACCUGGUGAAACGACACUAGCAGCAGAGGAAGAAGCUGCAAGAGUGGCCCUGCGCAAAAUCUAUGGAUACACAGAGAACAGAAGGCCGUGGGAUUAUUCCAGACCAAGGGAAGAAACUAUUGCAGCCCAAGCUAUCGGCAGCAACUAAAUAUUUCACAAAAUGCACUGCCAGCAGAUCUCAAGCAAAAACUCCACAGUUUGGAGGCAGAAGCUUCUUAUAUAUUUGCCUGUAAAAGAAAAAAGAUUCAACAUCUUUUAAAGUGCUAAUUCCAUAUCUGUGUACGGCAGCCCUAGUAUUAAUGUUGUAAGAACUGUUUUUGUAAAUGAAAAAUAAAAAUAACUCUAAUCAA